AUGCCAAGCCCCACCCCUGACAUGACCAAGGCCCUGGACGCCCUUGGUAUUGGCAACCUCGACCAAGAUCUUGUAGGCGUAGCCAACAAUACUGCCCUCUCCGCCCUCACCAUCGCCAUCCUGGCCAACUCAAACACCUCAGACGAAACCAGACUCGUCAUCACCCUCCUGUGCAGCAUCGCCAAACAAAACGCGACCAUGAUAGGCGAUAUCGCCUCCCUCCAGCAGGACCACGAAGACCUCCAAGAAGAGGUCCGCCGCCACCAACGCUCUCCUGACCCCCGCAUCCUCAACCAUCUCGACAGCAUCAACUCCCAACUCCGCAUUGCCCCGCCCCCCCCGCUCCCCCCCCAAUCCUAA